AUGUACUGCUGUUCCGCCCUCAAGCUCAAGCAACUCCCCACCCCCGCUGCCCCUAGCUCCCCGCUGCCGACCCAGAGCCGAAGCCCCCAGUUUGAAGCACAGGCUCAGGCUCCUCUCCCGCGCCCGGAUUCUGGGCUCGGCGGACGUCCCACCCUCUCCCCACGAGGCGCCGGCCCGCGGGGCCCCGACUCCGUCGCCCAUUUCCCUCCCUCCCUCCCUCUCCUCCCCGGGCCGUCCCUGCCGGCCGCCAGCGUCCGCCCUCCCUCCGCCGCGGGGUCAAUCGGGGACAGGCGCCGCCCCGCCCUCCCGCGGCCGAGCCCACCCCAAACGCCGCGCGACCCCGGAGCCCUCCCCGGGACCCCGGCGGGACCCCGGCGAGAGCCGUCCCGAGCGGCCGCGGCCCCGCGGAGAGGAGCGCGCCGUGCUCUCGGCCGCGGCAACCCCGGGGACGCGCAGAGGGCGCCUGGGGCGGAGCGGGGCGGAGCGGGCGCUGCUGCCCCCACAGGGGCCUCGUGGGCGCUCCAGGGCGGAGAAUCGCGCGGUUCGUCGGGCUGCGCACCCCGGAGGGGUCCUGCCCUGAAGCUCGCGGGUCCCCUGGCCCGGCCCUGCGGCCCCUGGAGGCUCGGUCUCACCCUCCUCCGCGCGCGUCGGGCAGCCUUGAGCGCAGCGCCGCCGAGGGGUACCGCCAGGGCCAACGCAGCGUCCAGGCCCUCCUCCCCGGAGCGAGCGCCCAACUCCAUGGCUCCAAGCUCCCAGCACUUUUUUUUUUAA